AUGGCGAUGUUUACCGAGUUUAUGCGGAUCACUGCAACCAGGAGAUCUCCCAAUGGCUACAUCGAGGGCUAUCCCAUCGCCAGGUUCGUGGUCCUCGGGUACACUGCAGCAGACUCAGCUGAAGUUCAGAGGCAGCUUGAGGAGUACACGGUGAAGUACCAGGUGGACUUUCGGACUUUGGAGCUGAUCAAUGUGGAAUUGGUAAUGGGGAACUUCGUCUACCGCAUCGUCUUCCUCCACCUAGAGAUGCUCCUGAACAGCUUCAAGGAAACCCGUGCGGACCUCAAGGGAGAAAUCCAUGCGGACCUCAAGAGAGUCUUCACCAAACGGAUGGUCAGCGAGUACCGAGAGAUGCUCCUGAACAGCUUCAAGGAAACCCGUGCGGACCUCAAGGGAGAAAUCCAUGCGGGCCUCAAGGGAGUUUUGACCAACCAGAUGGUCAGCGAGUACCUAGAGAUGCUCCGGAAUAGCUUCGAGGAAAUCCAGGUCACGGGUGGGGUCACUGAUGAUGCACAAUCGUUGCCGGAGAUAACGUCGGGACCUAUGCCUAACGAUGCAGCUCAGUGGCAACAGAGUGAGAGCGCCGAUACCAAGGCAGUAGGUGCAAUGGACACCCCCUCUCAGUGGCUGGGUGGCUCAGGGAAUGCGGACACUAUGGCAUUCCUGGCGGGAGGCAUGGCACAGUUGCAGGCGGUGAUCUUGAAACAGAUGAAGGAUAAAGAUAAAGACGGAUCGCAGCCCAGAGGAGUUGGAGUCGGGAAAGUGGGCUUGAUGGUGAAGUUGGCUCUCCAUGAGUCUGCCAGGCAAGAAAUGGUCCAACGAAGAUCGACAGGGUCGGUCACGGCCUUGGUCUUUCGGCUGCUCACGAUCUAUCAGCCGGGCGGUCAGCAGGAGAAGAUGACCAUCGCAGCACCCGGAGCAGGCCCCAGAUGCCCAGCGCGCCGUGAAAGCCCUGAGAUCAUGGCCCCGCUGGUUGCGGAGAUCACGAAGACUGUCUUGGAAAAAGAGGCUGAAGCGAACUUCAGGACGAGUUCGGAGAGAUCUCACCUGAUGGUGGACACGAAGCCCUCCUAUGCCGGUGAAACCGGAGAAGCCUCCCGCUACUACAUCGACAACUACUGCGCCUGCUCCUUCACCGCCAUCACGCCGGUGCCCUUUCCUUCACUCAUGGGAUGGUUUGGAAAAAAACUGGUCGGUGCUUGGCUUGCGGCGGAAAAAUCACUCCGCGAAGGAUUGCCCGAACAAGAAGCCGCCCUCGACCUCAGACCCUUCAUCUUCUACGUCCACAACUCCACAGCAGAGGCCUCAAGGUCGUCUACUGCCGCUGGUAUGGGACAAGCUGACUUGAAGGAGGUGUUGGCUGAUAAUGGUAAGAUGCUGAAAACAAUGACGGCUACUUCCCUCAAGGCCAUCAAGGUGAAGGAGGAUACCACAGAGACGGAAGGGGACAUGAUGAUGAAGCGGGUCUUUGACGAGGCGAAGAAGGAGGAGGAGGAAACUGGCCUUUGGACAGUGGAGCGAGUCAUCCAACGAGACCAGCGAGCGAGACAGAGCUCCAGCGGGACCAUCUUGGUGCAGGAGGAGAAGGCUACCGUCCAGCUUAUAGUGAAGACGGUUCACGUCAAGAUCAGGAAUCACUGCCCUGAGGUUGCAGCUGCAGAUGCGUUGAAUCUGAUAAGGGAGCUUGAAGUUGCCCAGGAAACGAGGGAAUGGACUGAGCUCCUUAAGGAGUUCUCAACAACAGGCUCGCGCCCAACGCUGCUAAAGACCAGCCUCACCUCCCCGAUCACCAAGGGCCUCCCAUCGGAUGUACAGUCUCUUCUACUUGAAGGCUUUGAUCCUCGGGGUGGAGAGAGAUACCUGACGGCCCUCCCUCUUUCUCGGAGAAAGAGGCGAUCUCUGAUGUGCUGCAGGAACUGGGUUGUGAAUUGGUUCUUUGGACCAAUCCCGAUGUCAGGCAAAGUCGUUCUGGACAUAUUGACAUCUCAAAGUCCAAGCAUUGGGACUUGCACAGGGAAGGAGGAGUAUCAGCUUCUCCCGUGGGCAGCUGCCGAUGGGCGAAUCAGCGACGUGAUCAGUUCUCCGCCUCACAGUUCGUGGCCUACAUCAAUGACCCCUGCAAGGGGACCGGAGGCCUACCCAGCGAGAACUUCACACAGGUUUUAUGGCAUCAAAGACCUGACGGCGGCCCAGCGACAGCGAGUGGACAAUGAGACGGCCUUGGUGGCAAAGCAGAUGUUGGUUUGGUUGAUGGCCCAGAUGUGUGGAAAGCGCGCGUUGGGCUUCUUGAUGGAGUCUACCGCUGGAUGCGAAAGACUUAGAGAAGGCGAGCCCACCGGACCUACAGCGUGGGACACCGAGCUCUGGAAAAGCUUUUGGUCGGUGUCGGGAAUACGGGAGGUUCCCUUCUAUAUGGGUGCGUUUGAUCACAAGGCCAAGCGUCCUACGACUUUGGCUACGACUUAUCCCUCCCUCAACCAGAUCGAUAAGAACUACGACUUCGGUGACCGAUGCGUUCCUCCUUCCCUCCUGAGCCGGGCAGACAUGAGAAAAUGGUCAAAGUCUUUUAAGGCCAUGGUUGCUGAGGCGAUCCAGAACCACCACACCGGGCGAUGGUAG